AGAGCAGUGCAGAGUUGAACUCUCCUAUUUAACUGCUCUCUUCCUUCUCGGUCCGCAUAGAGAGAGAGAAGCAUUGAGAGAGAAAAGCAGUGAGAGAGAGUGGUCAUGGGUUCGCUCAAUUCAUCUAAGAAUUUAACACUGCCAGUGUCGAAUUUUUCGAAGAGCGAAGACAAUCCGCAGAAGGCCUCCGCCAUGACCAGGCGAGGUGCUUAUGCUGCCCUGUCUUACAUGGCUUGCGCGGUUCUGUUGGUAAUGUUCAACAAAGCAGCUCUAUCUUCUUACAGUUUUCCAUGUGCAAAUGUCAUCACACUUUUUCAGUUGCUGUGCUCAUGUUUAUUCCUAUACAUACUGAAACGCUGGGGCAUUAUUUCUUUCACAGUCAGCGACCAACAGAGCGUUACUCAUGGUUCCACAGCCUUUGUACCACUUAAGAUAUUGAUUCAUACCCUUCCUGUCGCAUUUUCAUACUUGCUUUACAUGCUGGUUUCUAUGGAAUCUGUGCGUGGCAUAAAUGUUCCCAUGUACACCACUCUCAGGCGGACUACCGUGGCUUUCACAAUGAUUGUGGAGUAUUUUCUUGCAGGGCAGACACAUUCAGCUUCUGUUGUCAGCAGUGUAGGGAUAAUCAUACUUGGUGCAUUCAUAGCUGGAGCCCGGGAUUUGUCAUUUGACUCCUAUGCCUAUGCCGUUGUUUUCCUUUCGAACAUCUGUACAGCAGUGUAUCUUGCCAUGAUAUCUCGUAUUGGAAAAUCCAGUGGUCUCAAUAGCUUUGGCCUCAUGUGGUGCAAUGGAAUUAUAUGUGGGCCAAUCUUGCUUCUUUGGACAUUUAUCAGGGGUGACCUGGAUGUGAUGAUGAAAUUCCCUUACUUAUACUACCCUGGCUUUCAGGCUGUGAUGCUUCUUUCCUGUAUUAUGGCUUUCCUAUUAAAUUACUAUGUAUUUUUAAAUACAAUUCUCAACUCAGCACUCACACAGACAAUUUGUGGUAAUCUGAAGGAUCUUUUGACAAUUGGAGUUGGUUGGCUGCUGUUUGGAGGGCUUCCAUUUGAUUUGUUGAAUGUUGUUGGUCAAUGUAUCGGCUUUCUUGGUGCCUGUGUGUAUGCCUACUGUAAGGUCAAAGGGAAGUGAGCGUGAAGAGCCUGUCCUCUCAUCAAACUUCCUUUUAAAUUAUUGGAGCUCAACUAGGUAAAUUGAUGAAGUAUGGCUGCUUCCACCAGCUGCUGAAUUUUGAUGUGGUGAUGGCAAUAUCAUUCUGCUGUCUGUAAUAACAAUCAUAUUCCAGGAAGGGGGAAGAAGGGCCAUUCUACUGUGUCAUAUCCUCUUGUAAAGAGGGAUCCAUGCCGUGGACUAAACGAGAUUUGAACAUAUUGAAAAGUAGUGAAUAUCAGAUUCCUUUAAGGUUUUAUUUUCAUUUUUGUUUCGCAUUUUGUUGUUUUCUCUCUGUCCGCCGUUUCUGUUUUCGUUUUUUGGGUUUGUAGUAAUUCUGAGAAGUUGUGGUUCUUUACUCUCUAGCCCCUUUUAUGGGUGGCAACGAGCGACAAUGUGAGAUGAAAUGUUAUACAUGUCCUCGACAAUAAUGAUAAUAAAGUUGCUUUUAAAUAAUAAUUGUUGC